CACCAAAAGACAGUUCAUGGAGGUCGAAUGGAUUACGCAUGUGACAGUUGCGAAAAGAAAUUUGGACAAAAAUGGAAUUUAUUAAGGCAUCAAAAGGCGGUACAUGAAGGUCAAAAAUACUACGCGUGCGAUAAAUGCAUGAAGAAAUUUGAAAAAAAGGCAGAUUUUAUCAGGCACCAAAACACAGUGCAUGACGACUGGAAAGAGUUCGCAUGCGAGUGGUGCGAGAAAAAAUUUGGACGAAACGGGACUUUGCUCUUUCACCAAAAAACAGUUCACGACGGUCGCAAAGACUACGUAUGCGACAAAUGUGAGAAAAAAUUUGGACAUAAACAGUCUUUGCUCUCUCACCAAAAGAUAUUACACGAAGGUCAGAAAGAUUAUGCAUGCGAAAAAUGCGAGAAAAAAUUUGGGUAUAGGCGGAAUUUACUCGACCAUCAAAGGACAGUCCACGAAGGUUCAAAAGAUUACUACGCAUGUGACAAGUGCGAGAAAAAAUUUGGACAAAAACCGCAUUUGCUUAUACACCAAAAAACAGUCCAUGAAGGUCGAAAAUAUUUCACAUGCGACAUUUGUGAGAAGCAAUUUACACAAAAACAGAAUUUGCUCGUACAUAAAAAAAUAGUUCAUGAAGGUCGCAAAGAUUACGCAUGCGAUAAGUGUGAAAAGAAAUUUGGGAAUCGAAGCAAUUUUAACAAACACCAAAAGGCAGUACAUGAAGGUCGAAAAGAUUUCGCAUGCGCCAAGUGUGAACAGAAAUUUACACAAAAACCGAGUUUGCUCUACCACCAAAGUAUAGUACACGACGGUCGCAAAGAUUACGCAUGCGACCAGUGCGAUAGUAAAUUCGGAAUGAAAUCGUCUUUGCUCAAACACCAAAAGACAGUUCACGAGGGUCGCAAAGAUUACGCAUGUGACAAAUGCGAGAAGAAAUUUGGAUAUAAGUCAGAUUUGUUGAAACAUCAAAGGACCGUCCACGAAGGUCGUAAAGAUUACGCAUGCGACCAGUGUGAUAGUAAAUUUGGAUUGAAAUCGUCUUUGCUCAAACACCAAAAGACAGUUCACGAGGGUCGCAAAGAUUACGCAUGUGACAAAUGCGAGAAGAAAUUUGGACAUAAAUGGAUUCUGAUUCAGCACCAAAUGACAGUACACGUAGGUCGCAAAGAUCACGCAUGCGACAAGUGCGAGAAAACAUUCUCGCAUCAGAGCAAUGUAAUGAGACAUCUAAUGACAGUGCACGAAGGUCGUAAAGAUUUUUCGUGCGACAAAUGUGAGAAGAAAUUUGGGCAAAAAUCACAUUUGAUGAUCCACCAAAAACAAGUUCAUGAAGCUUGCACAGUUUUGCAUGUGGCAGAUGCGAGCAGAAAUUUAGAGUAAAAUGGAAAUUGACAAUACACGAAGGUCUUAAAACUUUUGAU